AUGUACGAGCUCACCCAGCGUGAGCGUGACAUAAUGAAGGUGGUGUGGAGCAAUCGUCGUGCCCAGGCCGGACAAGACAUCUCGAAGAAAGGGAAGAACGUUCCGCUCGUUAUCUCUGAAGCUCAGAGUGCUCGAAUGGUCAACAGCUCUGCGUUUAUUGCGUCAGAGUCCGACGCCUCCACCUCCUCAUCUUAA